AUGAGGUUCUCAACCGUCUCGGUCCUUCUUUGCGCGGCCGUUGCGGCGGCAGCCCUUGAGCUUCCCGCCGGUGUGCCUCGGUCACCUUCUGAGUUCAGGGAGAAGCACCCGUAUAAGCCGCGCAAGGUCUGCGCUCGCAAGACUAUCAAGAUCCGGGCAAGUGCCAACGAUACCGACGACGUGGCCAACGAGUUCCUACAGGGUCUCAAAGACGCCAACAAUGGCGGCACGGUCUACCUGCCCAAGGGCCAUACCUUCAUGAUUGGCAAGCCUCUGGACCUGACCUUCCUGAAUGACGUCCACGUCAGGCUGGACGGAGAGAUCAAGUUCACCAACGACACAAAAUACUGGCAGGCAAACGCCUAUCAUCAUCCCUUCCAGAACAGCAUCAUGUUCUGGAAGUGGGGCGGCAAAGACGUGAAGAUUUACGGCCACGGAGUGCUCAACGGGAACGGCCAGCGGUGGUGGAACGAGUUUGCCGGUCUCGAAAUCCUGGACCCGACCAACGCAUACUUACGACCGAUCCUGUUUUACGCCGAGAACGCAACCAAUCUGGAUAUUGAAGGAAUCCACUUCAAGGACUCUCCCUGCUGGACCAACUUCUUCGUCACUUCAAAGGGAAUUUCCCUUCGCGACGUGAUGUGCACCGCCGAGUCCAACAACGCCACUGCGCUUCCCAAGAACACUGAUUUCUUCGACUCUCUGAAUGUCGAGGACGUCACUGUCGAGCGCGCCUGGGUCAACAUUGGUGACGACUGCUUCUCCCCCAAGUCCAAUGCCACCAACAUCUAUGUCAACACCAUGUACUGCAAUGGCACUCAUGGCCAGUCCAUGGGAUCUAUCGGCCAGUAUGGCGGCGAGAAGAGCUUCAUCCGGGAUGUCCACAUCGAGAAUAUGUGGAUGCUCAACGGUCAGCAUGGUGCCCGCCUCAAGACCUGGGCCGGACAGAACGUGGGCUAUGGGUUCAUCGACAACAUCACCUUCAAGAACUUCUGGAACGCAGACAACGAGUACACAGCGUUCCUUGACUCAUGCUACUUCAAUAUCAACGCGACGACCUGUGCGAAAUAUCCUUCGCAAGUCAAUAUCUCGAAUGUUCUGUUCGAGAACUUCACCGGUUAUACAUCAGGCAAAUAUGGUCGUGUCGUUGCCUCGUUGACCUGCAGCUCCAACCCUAAUGCGGUCUGCGAAAACAUCAAGUUCAAGAACUUCAACGUCACUUCUCCCUGCGGAGGCCCGCCGGUGAUCAUCUGUAACAACAUCAAGGGUGGUAUCGGUAUGCCCUGUGUCGACUCCACCAGCGCUGAGGCAAAGGCCGCACUAAAAGACAAAUCAAACCGUACUGUCUUUGCUAUUGCGUAUCCUGGUUGCCGCAAGCGACGUCGUGGCUCCCCGGGUAAUCACCUCAUGGAACGUAUCUUCCGGCCCGCUGGUAAUUUUGGUAGAUAUUAUCACAAUCUAACAGACGAGUGGAAUCCAGGGAACUCGCUUACGCUUUUCCCGGGUUCGACGGCCCAACCGCCUGGUUAUGAGCUGAUCAUUGACAGACACAAUGCUCUUCCAGUGCUCGGCAAUCCGAACUGCCCUGUCUAUGGUCCGGAGUUUCCCAAACCCCGUAAUCUGGCGGAGGGUGAGGCAUGGAAAGCAGCGAUGAAGAAUCUCUCGGCCACCUUUGACUCUGUCGAGGCAGGUGGCCAGAAUUACUCCUUCUCUGUCCAGGUCUUCUCCACCAACCCAGGCCCGCCGAUCCUGUUCGAGAGGUUCCAUACAGCUGACACCAUCCCUUCCAACACAACGGGAGUCAAGAAGAUCGAUGCCGCCACAGUGUACCGGAUCGGUAGCGUCACAAAGCUGUUCACCGCACUGACCUUCCUAGCCGAGGCCGGAGACAAGCAUUGGAACCAGCCCAUCACCGACUUCAUCCCCGAGCUGGCCGAGAUGACUACCGCGGAUCCAUCUCGCGGGGGCGUCCGUUACGUAGACUGGAGCGACGUGAAUGUCCUGUCGCUGCUGUCGCAAAUGUCGGGAAUUGAGCGCGACUACAUGGUCCUUGGGGAGGUUGUUGGCUCAAUAAAUGCAUCCGAUGCAAUCGCCAUGGGAUUCCCGCCGUUGGCUGCGGAGCCGCCGUGCGGCAAGAAUCCUCUUUGCAACCGGACUCAGUUCUUUGAGGGAAUGAAAACCAUGUAUCCUUCCUUUGCUCCCUGGACGACACCGGCCUACUCCGACAUCGCAUUCCAGCUCCUGAGCUAUGUUCUGGAGAACAUCACUGGCCGCCCAUUCAACGUGUCCCUGGCCGAGAAGGUCCUAAAGCCGCUUGGUCUCUCACACACAUUCCUCCAGGGGGCUAACGAAUCUAUGGGUAUCGUGCCUCGUCUGUCCGACAGCCGCUCUUGGAAAGUGCAUAUUGGCGAUCUCAACCCCUCGGGAAACAUCUUCUCGUCGGCAGGUGACAUGUCGAAGUUCGGGAUGGCAGUUCUGAAUUCGACCCUCCUCAAGCCAUUGCUGACGCGUCGGUGGUUGAAGCCAAUGUCAUAUUCGUCCGACAUUGUGGCGGCGGUCGGUGCACCAUGGGGACUCCGUCGGCUGCACCUCAGCAGCGUGAACCCGCAUCGAACAGUGACGGCGUUUACGAAGGCAGGUGGAGUCGACCCCUACUCCGCGCUGCUGACGAUUAUCCCAGAGUUCAACAUCGGGUUCACGGUUCUCAUCGCAGGGGGGGAUACAGCGGGGCUUAUCUGGAAGUUCAUCGACUAUCUCACGGGGGCGGUGAUCCCGGCGCUCGACGCGGCGAGUCGUGAAGAUGCACGGGCGAGGUACGGCGGAGAGUACCGAGCCGAGGGCCUGAACUCGUCUCUGACCAUUGACACCGACCCCAGUAAGCCUGGACUGGGCGUGUCAAACUGGCUGAGCAACGGGACCAACAUGAUAGUAUCGGCGUUGGAGACACAAAGCGGCAUGGCCGUUCCAUCCGAGCCCAACGCCCUGAAUUCCACCCAGCCAUCCACUCGCCUGUAUUUUACCGGUCUCGAAUCGCCUUCUGCCAGCGGAAAGGUGUUGCAGUCCUUCAAGGCGAUCUUCGAAACUCUGGGCGGGCCUUCCAAUCCUGGAACUGGCAUCUCGACCGACUGCGGGACUUGGAUCGGAUACACGGGCGUGACAUACGCUGGUUUGCCUUUGGACGAGUUCAUCUUCGAGCUUGACUCUGCAGGAGACGCAACUAGCGUUACUAACCUAGCUCUUAACGUUACCUUGAUUAGGAUCAAGAAAUAA